GUGGAACGUCUUCUGGCAGAUCUGGCUCAGGGGACAUUACUGGAGAAGGUCAAGUCUCGAAGCCGCAGACUACCGCGAACCUUCUUCCUGGACUCCGCCAACAUGUUCGUCUAUUACGAGGGCUCUACUAAGAAGAAGAAAAGCGAUACGACCAGUAAGGACUUCUGCUACUCACACGUCUGUCCACAUAUUAUGUUGUCUGUGCACGGCAUCCAUCUCAUCAAGCGUCCAUCUACAUUGUUAUUAUUAUAUUCAAUGUCUUACAUUUUCUGGCCACACACGAGAAUCUUCAACAUAACAGUGGCAGGAGGGUGAUAGAUAUGUAUGUUGGAAGAAGAAACAAAAAGGAGGUUUGGGAGAAUUGCGAUAUAGCUAAAUGACAUCGAAACGUUGUGGAAUCAGGGGCGUCAUUUCAGUUGGUUUUUUUCCAGGUGGGGCGGGGGCCAAAACCAAAUCUUGGUCAGCUUGUUAAGUUAUUUGUAACUAGAGGCACCACAGUACAUAGCAAUUUAAAUAAAACCUGCAAAUUCAGGAAAAGGGGGGGGGGCGCUAAUGCUCCCUGCUCUACCAAAAAUGACGUCCCUGUGAGGAACAGUUCUAUUUUAAAAAUAUUAGUUAUUGUUUUGACUUUUCAUUCUAAUUUAUAUAAUAUUAUUGUUAUUGAAAGAUAUUUUUGUUGCAAUACUUCAAAGGCAUUUUUAUUAUUAUUAUUAUUUUUUUUGUAUUUUAAAUUUGAAAAUUUCUAAUGUCUCUGACUAUUACCUAGUUAAGAUUUCCAAAAUUCGUGAGGUCAGAGAGGGUGAAAAGGAUUUCUCCAAAAAUGUGAAA